GGGAAUGUGGAGCUGCCCACAUGUUCUGUCUGUGUGAAGCUCUGUAACCCUCAGCCCUGGGUCUCAAGCAUCCUGGCUCCAGCUCCAGGUACAAAUACAAUAACAGGCAAAUGUCUUACCUGAAGGAUGUACAGUGAUAUCCCUGUGCCUAAACACCACGAAAGGAGGGUUCUAAAAAUGCAGCUGUGGAAGAUAGAUCCAAGCCUACACUCAAGUAGGCUUAGUGGUAUGCACUCAGGAGAAGAACCUAGGACUUCAGGACUUACAUAAUCAUAUGAGCUCAGGAGAAGUCCAGCGUUCAAAGCUGUUAUUCCAGCAAGACAUCCACAUCUUAUUCCCAGAGGCUCGGAUUAGUAUUUAUGGCCUAAAUAGCCACUUAAAUGCAAAUCAGGCCAUCCGUAUUGGGAACAAGCUGUCCCACAGAGAUGCUCAUAUUUGAUACUGUUCCUAUCAGCUCAUAGUGAGCACACUGGUACCAGCAGAAAUAAACGUACAUCUGCCUCCUCACAGAUACCCAAAUGCAGUUCUUUAUAUGCUAUCACACAUAGCCUGAAGCUGCAGCAAUCCCAGCCAAAUAAACCAAAGAGCAUCAGUCUGUCCUCAUAUUUGCAAAUAGUGCCAGACUACCAAAUGCUGCUAUCCAUACACACGGAGAUAAAUAGUAAAAACACAGCCAUCCAUUCAGCCGCACCUAUUUGUAACUACGUGUUCUUAUGCAUCUUAUGUAUGCAUUUAUAUAACAACAAUAAAAAAUAAGUGUCUGUAUGUAAAUUCAAAUGUAUACACUGGGACACAUUAAUGUACAGAAAUAUAUGCCCCAGUAUUGUAUAUUUACAAGAAGUAGAACAUAUUUUUGCACAUAAACAUUUGAUUCCUACAAUAAUGUUAAUUUAAAGAUAUACGCAAACAUAUUAUUAACACACUUUUUAUGGAUAUGUAUGAGUGAAUAUGCACCUUGUCAGAUAUUCACCCAGUGCGUUCCGUAUUGUUUUGGUGAAAAAAAAAGCUAACCGUGGUUACCUGAGAUGUAGAGCUUUCUUGCCUCUGUAAGAAAUCUGUUUUACUCAUGCACUAAUAUGGAUAUCUACAGCUGUAGGAUCUUCAUCUCUGAAACCCCUUCUUCAACCAGCGACCCAAAACAGUCAUUAUUUGUCACUGUUGAUCAAAUAGCUUUUGUUCUUCCUAACCUUCAGCAGCUCAGUGAAACACACAUUCCUUGGGCCAUUUCACUAACACAAAAUGCAAUAUUCUUACACAAGCAGACAUGCACAGAGCUACCCAACAAAGGAAAUAGAUGCAGCUCCCUGGUGGAAGGCUUGCACUGGACCAGUAUUCAUUCUGUUUAGGCCCUGGAAACUCACAGUGCCACACUGUUUCUGAAGUAGGAUUAGUGAGGUCUCUAACCACCCUGAUGUAGAAUAAGCACAUCUGAUAAACAGCUUUUCUUUUCCUUACCAUAGACAAACAGGAUUUAUUCUGCAUUGAGCAGAAAUAAAUGAGGGUAAAAUCAUUACAUAUGAUGGACUUUCUGAGAGCCACCUCUGCUGCCAUCUAGGAUCUAAACUCUCUCCUUUUUCCAUAUGUUCUCCAAAAGCUUUAGAGUGAUUCAGCCCAUUUCUUCCCAGCAGUGUUCCUCCUUUAUCAUUUUAGAGGAUCUUCUUUCAAAUUUAAGCAGAAAACCUGUUCAUGCCGUUAGUUAUAGCUUGAGUGAGAUUCUGGAGGGACGUAAACCCUCCCCCUUCUUUUGCGUUCACAGUCUGUGGCUCUCUGGUGGUAGAAUCUGCAUGUGCAAAGAUAUGCUCAGAGCCCUGCAAACGCGAAUGCCUUGGUGUGCAAAAUUAGAGCUGGUGCGGAAGCCUCUGUUUCUGACAUGUAUAAGUCAUAGUUGCAAUGUGGUCCUCAGUGAGCGAGGAGGAGGAUGGUCUAGUGAGGAGUCCUCUGGAGGAUGGCCUGGGUCCUACCCCAGCCACUCUGUUAAGACAGCAGUUCCUGCGGGUGAGUCACAGCACCUGUCACACUGUGGCAGUGGUAAUUGCACCUCUGCAGCUGCUGCUGCACCGAGCUGGCUGCUGGCAUGCAGCGGUAUCUCAGGGGAUUAAUGGUUGCAGUCUCUGAAAUGAGGGACACGGGAUGUUGGUACUGAUCGUGGGUGGUUUUUCAUCUGCUCUUUUAUCUAAAGCAGAAGAGCAAUAAUGCCUCCUGCAUCCCAUCUGGGGAAUUUGAGUUGUUUUAUAUUACUUGGUGUUGAUGAAAGCGGAACAAAUGGGAUGACAUGUUUGAAAAUACCAGGUCUGUGAAGGAUGAAAUGGAGCCAAUGCGCUCCAAAAGUUCCAUCCACCACAGAGAUGCCUCUGGGAAGGUUACAAGUGGCAAGCUGGUCAUUUCUCUGGCACAGCCCACUUUUGCACAGACGUAAACCAGUGUGUGUCCUAGUUUGUAAUGCACUCUGAGCAGCCGCCAUUAGAGUUUCCAGAGGAGCCUGUGGUUAAAUAGCAAAAGAUCAUCCUUCUCAAACUGAUCAAGGACGUCUCCAGGGACGUGUGAUGAGGCUGGAGGACACCUGGAAGGAUAGAGAACUGCGUCCAGAAGAAAUUGAAGAAUUAAGAGAAGCGUUUAAGGAGUUUGAUAAAGACAAGGAUGGAUUUAUUAACUGCAGAGACCUGGGGAACUGUAUGCGAACUAUGGGCUACAUGCCUACUGAGAUGGAGCUAAUAGAGCUCUCCCAGCAGAUCAACAUGAACCUGGGUGGCCAUGUGGAUUUUGAAGAUUUUGUGGAGCUGAUGGGACCAAAGCUGCUGGCAGAAACUGCAGACAUGAUUGGUGUAAAAGAGCUCCGCGAUGCCUUCAGAGAGUUUGACACCAACGGUGACGGGGAGAUAAGCACCAGUGAGCUGCGAGAAGCCAUGAAGAAGCUUCUAGGGCAGCAGGUGGGCCAUCGGGAUAUUGAAGAGAUCAUUCGGGACGUGGAUCUGAAUGGAGAUGGGCGUGUUGAUUUUGAAGAAUUUGUUCGCAUGAUGUCCCGUUGAAGAUAAUUCUCAGCUAAAGAAAAAUCAGCACCUUAGAGAGGGCAGAAGAGGACCUAGAUGGAGCAUCUAGCCCCGAUGUUCCCACGUGAAGGUUUAUCGGCUGGCUGCAAUUGGGACCUUGCAAGAUGACCUGCUGCUCCUCCCUCGUGAUGGUCCCCAUGCCCCUCCACCCUUUCACACUGUGAAAGACUUCCAACUUCCUACAACUGGAACCAUUCCUUGGAAAUUAUUGCAGGAAACUGCAGAGCCAGGACUUGCCAUGAUGCUUUCAUGGGAUAUUUGCAAAUUUAGACUCCUCCUCCCCAGCUUUAUUCUCCCACCAGCUGCUGCAAAGCAAGGGCAGGAGAAAUCCUCUUGGCUUGGUGGAUGAGAGCAAAGCCAUUGGGACUGGUGGCAGCCUCAGGGCAUACUCUGCACUUCUUGUUUUCCCUUGGUGAACCAUGUCUGUGUUUGCUGUCUCUGUAUGUGUCUAUCCAUGUGGAGUUAUUUAUGCUUCCGCAGCACAUAUUUGCAUCUCCUGUGGUUAUGUUUACCAAGAGUGAAUUCAAAUACAUGUCUUGCAGGGAGAAAGUGAUAAA